AUGGUCACUGAAUCUCUUUUCCUAGUCUACAGCCACAAAAUCCAACAAAGAAACCAAAUCAAAUUCCUCAAAGAAGAUCUAAAUCUUCGAAAAAACCUCCAAAGCCCCCUUCGUCUCCUCCUUCAUCUCCUUAACCAACCCACUAACAGUCCUAAACCCACCAUGACCUGCGUCCCCCAAAAUCUCAAACAAAAUACUCUCACUACUCGUCACUACCGCCCCAGCAUCUCUCAACCUCGCCAAAGCAAUCCCCCUCUCCUCACUAUUAACACUGCUCACCCCAUCCACAAUAACAUAAACCCGAUGGCCCCUCUCCAACAUAUCCAGCGUCGUCUGCGUAACACAGAUAUGCGUCUCAAUUCCCACGAUAAUAGCAUCGAGGGGCGUUUCCCCGGCAGUUGUCUUGGGUAA